AUGUCCGACGAUGUCGAUUCCAUCGUCAAAGGCGCAUCUGCUCCUACCCAAGGCGCCAAAGAUGUCGCCGGAUCGAGUCCAAUUCUGUCUACUACUGCAAAGCAGGGCGAUCCUCUUCACCACACUCCGAGCUCACCGUCUAUGAUCUAUCUCAACCUGUUGAUCCUCGAAGCAUCCCUCCGCGCGCAAUUCCUCGAACUCCGAGCCAGAAAACGACACCACACCUUUUUCCUUACACUUUUGUCCGUUUGGAUCACCGGUUUCGGUUGGGCUCUCUUCCUUGCACCCCGUGAAGAUGGUCGAGGCGUAGGUGGAUCUAUCUACUGGGCUGUUGAAGGUGCCGAAAAGGUGUGCUUUAUGGGCGGUAUCAUCACUGCGAUUCUCGUAUGGGCGACUGGAAUCUGGGAGCGCGGUAUUCGAUGGCCGCGACGUUGGUUUGUCAUUUCCAACAGAGGACUGCGCGGCUUCAACUGCAAACUCAUCAUAAUACGACGAACGUGGUGGGCCGAGGCUCUCUCAACAAUCGGAUUCUUUUUGACUUAUGGACUAUUCUCCCACACGGCUAGUUCAUCCUACCGCUAUGUCGAGCCGAGCCUUUUGCGCGAGGUGGAGAAGGAACUCCAGAUCACGAGCGAUACCCAUCCCACACUGGUGCUACCCCACGAAGACGAGGAGAAAGGCGGUCACGAGGAGGAUCUAGCGCCAGGGGGUGACUACGUAAAGCUUCUUCUCCUCGCCAAGCCCUUUUCUGCAACGUUUCGCGAGAACUGGGAACUUUACAGGACAGAGUACUGGGAAAAGGAGAACGAGCGUCGUGCGUUGCUCCGACAAAAAGUCAAGGAGAGGGAUCAUCAGCUCGUGCGAGCGCAGUAUCCCUGGACAUGGUGGUUUCCCGGCCGACAUCCUCGACGACACGAACCCGAGAAGGCUAUUCCUCACCAGCCGCGCCAUAUUUCUGUUGAACGAGAACGUAGACGUCGGGGUAGUAGUGUCCGUCGCGCGUCCACGAGCUCAACCAGAAGUCCUACGCCUGCUUUCGAAGAAGAGCAAGGCGUUCAUCGACGAUCAAGCAGCGGUUCCGCCUCCAAGGGACGAAAGAGACUCUCUACGAGUUCCAAGCCGAAACGACCAGGUAACGAUUCUCGCUCUGUCACGCCUGAUUUCCCUUCGCCUUUGGCUAGGGAGAGCAGUGCGAACGAUACUCCUGAAUCGGGACCGGAAGGAGGAAAGGUUUUGAGGAAUUCACCUUCUAAAUCGACUGUUGGGUCCAAGGAGCGCGAAUAG